AUGGGUACAAAGAUGAGAAUUAGAAAACCGAAAUCAAAGAGAACCACUACACGUAUGCGUGAAGGUAUUAAGAAAAAGGCAUCAUCCAAGAAGAGAAAGGACCGUAAGCUACAAAAGAAAGAUGUCACAUGGAAAUCGAGACGUGCGAAGGAUAUUGGAAUUCCUUCCAGUUUCCCAUACAAAGACAGAAUACUUUUGGAUAUAGAAGAGAGAAAGAGAGAGAAAGUGGAGGAAUUGGAGCGUAUACGGGAGGAGAAGAGGAGACAGACAGCUCUUAUGGGAGAUCCAGAGACACAGAUUGAUGAAGACGGUGCCGAUGAAGAGGUUAAACAAGACAGCAUGGCUGCUCUUAUAGAGAGUGCACAAAAGGCUGCCAGCGUCUUUGAAGGCGAGACAAAUAAUGAUGAUGAGAUGGACAUGGAUAACGAGGAAGCAGAUAAUGAAUUGGAAGUUACUGACUAUGAAAUAGAAGGGGGUAAUUUUGCCACUGUUACAGGAGAUCAGUCGAGAAAACAGUUUGAUAAAGUGUUCAAAAGCGUCGUUGAUGCAUCAGACGUUAUCUUGUAUAUUUUGGAUUCCCGUGAUCCAGAAAGUACUCGGUCUAGAACGGUGGAAAAGAAUAUUCUUGCAAACCCAGAUAAGAGAUUGAUCUUGAUACUUAAUAAAGUUGAUUUGAUUCCAGAAACGGUUUUAAAGCAGUGGUUGACGUAUCUUCAAAAGUCGUUUCCGACGGUCCCAGUGAAAGCGUCUCCUACUGCCAACAACGGAAAAACAUUCAACAAGAAGUUGACCCAGGCUACCACAGCCGGACAGUUACUCCAAGCACUUAAGUUAUAUGCACAUAAGUCAAAUUUGAAGAGAGCAAUUACUGUGGGAGUGAUUGGUUACCCUAACGUGGGAAAAUCAUCAGUGAUUAAUGCAUUAACAGCCAGACACGGCAAGUCAGGAAAGGCAUGUCCUGUGGGUAACGAGGCUGGAGUGACCAAAAACCUUAGAGAGGUGAAGGUGGAUAAUAAAUUGAAGAUCUUGGAUUCUCCUGGUAUAGUGUUCCCUGAGCAAAAGUAUGCCUCAGGUGCCAUGAAACGGAAGUUCGAGGCUGAGUUGGCUUUACUAAAUGCAGUGCCAAUUAAAGCCAUUAAAAAUCCCGAAUUAUCGGUGAAAUUACUUAUUAAAAAGCUUGCAAAGAACGUGGAGAUGGCGGAGAGCUUCAAACAGUAUUAUCAACUACCAGCACUUCCAUCGGGCGACCUCGACGAGUUUGUCAAGCAAAUUUUGAUUCACGUUGCUAGAAAAUACGGUAGAUUGGGAAGACGUGGUAUUCCGAUUUUAAAUUCCGCUGCCGUGGUGAUCUUAAAUGACUGGAGAGAUGGAAGAAUCCAUGGAUGGACAUUGCCUAGAGAGGAGGAAGAAAGCCAAGAUAUUGGUGAAGUGGAACAAACUACUGUGGUGGAAAAAUGGUCAAAAGAAUUUGAUUUGGAGUCAUUGUUUGCAGGUGUUUUCAACCAGUAA